AUGAAGCGCUCACGCGAGCCCGAAGAGGAUUGCGAACCGUCCUCGACCCCCGAGCAAGAUGUCGCAAUUGUACCCGUCUCGAAGUUCGUCGGCCUCGACACCGACUCCUCGCAUUCCGAUUCUACCACCGAUAUAAAGUGCUCCCUGCCUGGCCACGCGCAUGGCAUGCACUUUGCCAAAUACCAAGACUACGAGUCGCACUACCACAAGGCGCACAGCAACCGCUGCCUCGACUGCAGAAAGAACUUCCCCUCGUCGCAUAUCCUCAACCUACACAUCAGAGAGUUCCACGACGCUCUGACCGAGCUGCGAAAAGAGAAGGGAGACCAUAUUUACUCGUGCUUCGUUGAGACAUGCGCCGAGAAGCGUAAAACACCGGCCGAGAGGCGAGCUCACCUCAUAGAGACGCACAAGUACCCCACCAACUACUUCUUCGCAGUAACAAAGGCUGGUGUCGAUCACCGCCAGUCCAUGCUUGUCCACCGUAAUGAAGGCAAACCACGCGCAAACCAGCGCAAUAAUGCUCGUCCUCAAGGACAGAAGGGUUACAAGAAGCAAACUGGCAAGGACGCCACGCCAGAUACCGCAGAGGGCAGCGACGUUCAGAAGAACGCGCCCGCCGGUAAUGGCAGCGCUGAAGAGGCAGUGGAUGUUGAAAUGGGUGGACCAGACACUCCGAUCUCUCAAGAUCAGCUAGGCAACGUAAACACUGGCAAGAGCAGCACCGCAGGCGGCAUCAAGGGCGGCGAUAAUGCGGCGCUUGGGGUUAUCUCGGAUACCCUUUCAGAUCACCAUGCAGUUGGAAACUGCGACGCGGCAGUCCAAGACACAGACAUGGAGACCUUGACAGGAGCCAUGUCGUCCCUGAAGUUUGUCCCCAGAAAUGUUCGACUCGGCUCCAAGAAAUCCGGCUUGCCUCCCCGGUAG